CUGCCGUAUGACGACCACGGAUAGAUCGGGCCGAAAGGAGUUUUAUCGGGCCAUGCAAAGUUGCCUUCUCUCCGUCCCCACCCCUUACCCACCCUCCGAAAUGGCCAAGGCUUGAUGCGUUGGCCGGAGUUUGAGAUGUAUACAUGAGUUUACUUCGCCUGAUAGUUCCGCACUGCUGACGGUAACUCACUAUCGAUACUCCCAGCAUGACUUCUGGUGCCAAGCAUUUGGUCAAUGACCCGUCCAACCUUGUAAUCGAGUCUCUGCGGGGACUUGCUCGGCUGAAUCCGAAGAUCAGGCUUGAUGAAGCGCAAAGAGUGAUCUACCUUCCGGCCUCCGACCGAGUUUCAUUGCUCAGUGGAGGAGGAUCCGGACACGAACCUGCCCAUGCAGGCUUCGUUGGACCAGGUCUGCUCGACGCAGCAGUGUGCGGAAACAUCUUUGCUUCUCCCAAUGUGGCUCAAAUCAGACGCGGGAUCGACCUCGUCACCGGUGACAAGGGACUCUUGAUCGUAGUGAUGAACUAUACUGGUGAUGCUCUCCAUUUUGGACUAGCAGCGGAACAGUACAGAUCCAAAGGUGGAAAAGGGGAUGUCAGGGUCCUCAUGGUUGGAGAUGAUGUUGCCGUCGGAAGAGAACAAGGAAGCAUAGUUGGGCGAAGAGGGCUCGCGGGGACCAUCUUGGUCUACAAGAUCGCUAGUGCAGCUUCGGAUCGUGGAGAUGACUUGGAUCAAGUCGAGAACGUUGCCAAGUACGUACAUGCAAGGAUCGGAACACUUGGAAUUGGACUUGAACACUGCCACGUCCCGGGAACCAAAGGCGGCGAAUCACAUCUCGGAGCCUCGCAGUACGAGCUGGGUAUGGGGAUUCACAACGAACCUGGCACUUCGAAACACGACCUGUCGAGUGUUUCUGAACUUGUCGCCUCAAUGUUGUCCAAAAUCACCGAUACGACAGACAAGGACCGAUCGUUCGUACCAUUCAGGAACGACGGGACCGACGAGGUGGUGUUGUACAUCAACAACCUGGGUAGUAUCAGCGAGCUGGAACUGGGAGGCAUAGCCAAUGAAGCCAUUCAAUGGCUAUCCAAGAAAGGCAUCAAAGUUCGACGAGCUAUCUCAGGCACAUUCAUGACGUCUCUCAACAUGCCUGGAUUCUCUUUGACUCUGAUGCUCUUGCCCGGUCCCAAUGAGCCUUUCACCUCGGCUCAAAUCCUGGAGCUUUUGGACGCACCUGCAAGUGCCCCAGGAUGGAAGUGGACCGCCUCGGAGCCUGGUACCUUGGAGACCCAGGAUAAGCAGCCAGCGAGCACAACAGUUGCAGACAAUGCUAGCCUGGCUCCUGCGGAUUCUCAAAUCUUCCUGGACGCCAUCACUCGAGCCUGUCGUUCCGUCAUUGAAGCCGGGCCAGAACUAACAAAGCAAGAUCAAAUCGCCGGUGAUGGUGAUGCCGGUCUCACCCUCGAAGCGGGAGCCAAAGGGAUCCUUAAAGCGAUCGAAACGGGCAACAUUGACGGGAAGAACGUCAUCAGGGAUAUCGGUACCAUUGCAGAGGUUGUCGAAGAGGAUAUGGGCGGAACAAGUGGAGCCUUGUACUCCAUCUUCUUCUCUGGUCUAGGAAAAGGGCUCCGAGACGCUGCCAAAUCUGGAUCAAAGUCGACGACAUCUGAAAUUUGGUCUGAGGCUGCACAAGAAGCACUGAGCAUCCUAUACAAGUACACUCGAGCUAGACCCCCAUCUCGAACGCUCGUGGACCCCCUGCAGGCGUUCAUACAGGCAUUGCCUGAGUUGGGGCUCUCGAAAGCUGCAGACAAAGCCCACACCGCUGCGGACAAGACCAGGGAAUUGGUAGCGAAGGCUGGGAGAGGAGCCUAUGUCAAUCAAGAGGACUUGAAGAAACGUGACGUGCCUGAUCCCGGCGCGUGGGGUGUCUGGAGAAUCGUUGAUGGUCUGCGGGGAUACCAAGGGAAACCAUGACGCGUCUGUGAGAGAACAGAG